CCUUACGUUUAUAUAGUCCCACGAGGUGGGAAAGCAAGAGCAUUAAAUCGUCGACCGUCAGAGUGACACGCUACUCGCACGCUACCGACAAAAUGAAGUCUUACACAUUCCGAUUAACUCUACUUUUGGUACUGAUAUUCGCAGUAGCACAUCUGACAGCUGAGGAAUGUCCACCAGAGAAUUGUUUGCCUGAAGAUCAAUGUUCUAUAAAAGUUAAAAAUGGAGGAACUUGUACGAAUGGUAACAAAUGUUGCAGUGUAGUUAAAACCGAAUACAAAACACACUGUCGUCAUUUCUUUGGAGCCUGUUUAAACAAAUGCAACGAUAGAGUUUGGAUACGUGAAGCUGUCGACUGUGCAGACAAUCAACGAUGUUGUAUUUUAAUUUGAAUUUCGAACUAAUCAUAAGAAUCAGAAGAAGAGAAGAAGGAACAAAUCUAAAAGAGAUACAAUUACCAACUUCCUUUCUUUCAUCGAUCGAUCUGUAACAGAUCACUUGGAACGUUGUAUGAUAUUAAGUGAUAAUCCCUAAGGGAAAUUGAAAGAUUUCGUAAUUGUCUCAUCGUCAUAUACGUAUACGCACCUACGCAUAAACACACAUACAUAUACGCACACAUGUACACAUGCGUUCGUAUUAAAUUCAGAGACGCGUGCCGUACAUGAUCGUGUGCCAAAAUGAAAGCGAGUCGACUGGUUUUACAAUUAUAACGGGAUUCGAUUUACAACGAGUCCUUUUUGCGUGACUCGCCCAUUUAAAUGGGUCUUCCAAAUCUCAACAGCACUAUGUCUCGAUCAAUCGCAAUCUAUUAUUUCCUUGGUUUUUCUUUUUUAAUCCUUUUUAAUAAAUUUUUUAUAUCUAAAUAAGAUGAUCUAACAGGAUGUAAACGUUUGUAAGAAAAUUAAAAAUAAGAAUAAAGAUGUCAAUAGCGUUAAUAAAACUAAUGAUAAGACAAAACAAAACAACAAAAAAAAAACGGAAAAAGAUUCUUAACCAAAAC